AUUAAACGGCUUUGGCUUUUGCUAUGGGAGGAACAUAAAUUGUCAUGUUCCUUCUCUUUCUAGUUUGGAGAGACAACAGGUGUGAGCAGUUUCCUUUUCUGGGAGGCAAUAUAAGUCUGAAUGCCCUACAGGAGGGUCUACUGCAAUCCUAGUGUGGGGGAAGAACUGCUGAGUCAAGAUAGACAGCAAAGUCUGUUGUUUUGCCUAUCCUUUGGUUUAAUUGACCUUGGCUUUAAAGAAAAAAAAAACAUGAGGGGAAAAAUGAAAUGGACAUUUCAAGUAGAUGGCCACUGCAUCUCAGUAGCGCCUUUUUGGAAGAGUGGGAACCCUGUAAUCAAAGAGUAAAGGACUGUUUAUGGAUCCAAUGUGAGAAGAUAUUUCUGUUUGGUCUGUUGUAUACUCUAGAGGUUUUGUUUCCCUAGAGGAUUAAGUCAUUCUACCAGCAGAGUCUGUGGACCAGUGAGGGGAAACUAAGGCAUGGGUACCGCUGCCAACAGAAAGGUACAGGUUCUUGGUCUGGUUAUUACCUGAGGAAGCAGCUCCUGUGCUCCACCCUCCCUCACAAGUGUGGUGUGGGAAAGAAGAGGAGAGACAAAAGCUGUGUUGAAACAGGCCAGAUGGUAAUGAGCGAUUGGUCCAGGACCUUCUACCCUUGGGCCAAAUGCUGGCCUUUGGGGAAGAACAUUGGAUUUUGGCUGCUGGAUCGUGACAAGCCACUGGAACCGAAGCUGCUGACUGGUGGACCAAAGGAAGGCAGAAAAGUUGGAAAAUGAAGGCAUCAGUAAAGUCCAAACAUAGGAUACCAGUUCUUUGGAGAAGAAAAUGACCAAUCAACAGUGUAUAGUCUGGAUGUAAAUUAGGGGACAUUUUUAAUUAAAAGAACCCUGAAGAAUCAAUAUUAUGAAAGUGAUUUGGUCAGCUGACCUUGUCAUGUAGGAAACCAAUCAGCUGCAAGCAAACCCUCUUCUUCAGAUGUCAGUGUGACUAAAAGCAGUUUGUUCUGUAUCAAUUUGAAAACCACCAACAUGACCUGCUGUGGAAGAUAUUUUCCCAUUUCUUGGAGGUGCUCUAAGAUGUAUACUUUCUUGAUUGGCUCCAUCUGUUUUCUAGGGAUAUAUUUGUUUUUCAUUCCUAUGACUCUUAAUUACUCUGCUGUUUUAGCAAAAAUCAAAAUUAAAGAAAACACUGUCUUGAAUUUAAUGGAAAGAUUUCCAUUUCCUGCUAAAGAAUAUGAGAAACCUGAGACAGCAAAAGAAAACAUUUUCCAGAGAAGCAAUGUUUUCAGCUUCAGACAAUCCUUGCUAAACAGGAAGAUAGGGGGACUAACUGUAAAUGCGGCACCAUUUGCUACUGAACUCAAUGAUACCCAACCCUUUAGGUUUGUUAUUAACGAAAGAGACAAAUGUAAUGAAAGAACUCCUUUCUUAAUACUAUUAAUAACAACCAAAGCUGAUGAAAAGCAGCACAGGGAAGCCAUCAGGAAAACCUGGGGAAAUGAAUCUGUGGUUCCAGGAAUAAAAAUUGUUCGCUUAUUUAUGUUGGGUAUUAACAACAAAGAGCAAAAUGAAGCCCUUCUGCGGGAAAGCAGUCAAUUUCAUGACAUCAUUCAACAAGACUUUCUGGACACCUACAAGAACCUAACUCUUAAAACCAUAAUGGGCUUGAACUGGGUUGCCACCUACUGUGGAGGUGCAAAUUUUGUCAUGAAAACAGACAGUGAUGUUUUUGUUAAUACAGAAUAUUUAAUACAAAGUCUCCUAAGACCACUUAUGCCUCCUUCACGGUAUUAUUUCACUGGCUACCUUAUCAGAAAUGGUCAGCCUCAUCGAAAUAAAGAAAGCAAAUGGUACGUGCCAAAGGAAGUCUACUCAGCCGAGCGCUACCCUGAUUUUUGUUCAGGAACUGGAUAUGUCUUUUCUGGAACCCUGGCUGCAAAAAUUGUCAAUGCAUCUUUAAAAGUCAAGUAUAUAUACUUAGAAGAUAUUUAUGUAGCUCUUUGUCUUGAACAAGCAGGAAUUAAUAUGGUGCCCCCACCUAGUAACUAUUUGUUUAAUAUAUAUAAAGUCCCAUUUUCUCCUUGUAUAUACAACAGACUGAUUACCUCCCAUGCAAUUUAUCCAAAUGAACAGAUACUAUACUGGGAAGCAUUGCAAAAUAACAAACAUAUAUGUGGUAAAUAA